AUGGAGCAAACUCAAACAUUCGGCCCAUCAACGGAACACGGAGGGCCAAAAUGGUCGUUUGUUAGGAGGUUGUGCUCGCCGUUGGAAGUAAAGAAGGUGGAUAAUAGAGUUGGUGUUGGCAUUAAAGCCUUACCUGAGACUCAUAGAAGGCAACAAAAAAAAAAAAGACCGAGACCUACCGUUACUGCCUGGGGUAUACUUACUACGCUCAAGGCCGUCUCGCGCUCGUCGUGA